AUGAUCGCAAAUGCCGUCGUCGAUAUCUGGAGGGCUGAAGGAGUCUUUCCAGUGCCGAAGUAUGAAGAUGAUUUGAAAGCCUUCCGGUUUCCUUCACCUUUGGGCCCUUUCGUUGACGGCGAAUUCACAAGUAGACGUAGGUGUCCCUAUAGUACCAUAAAAGUACAACAUGGACAAUUGUCCUAUGGGUCAUAG